AUGGCGAAAUCUAAGAAAAUCUCAACGGGUCAAAAAAUAGGUUGUGAGAGUCUCCUUGGGUGUAUUUUCCAGAGCUGGAGUCCUCGCCGGCGAAAACCAUCUUUACCGGAAAAAGAUCACAAGGCAAAAGAUUACUUGCCUCCCAAGUCAACCACCAUUACAAACCCUAAAACCCUCCCGAGAAAAUCAACCGAUUCUUCAUCUCAGGCAAAGAAACCAGAGCCACAGAAACCCCAAAAAAAGACGAAAUCCGACGAAAGUGACCCAAGAAAAUCAUCAGAUUCCGCCAGAAAAUCGAUAUCGUCAGGAGCGUCGUCGAGAACAGAGAGCAAGAGGUUUUCAGUGAACGGCGUGAUGGGAAACAUCAUCGUGAAACCACAGCCUGCCGCUGAGGUGGCACAAACAAGAAGUCGGUGGGAGGGCAAAAGGGUAAAUUACAGACUCGAUCCGGAGGCUCUGAAGAGAAUGGGAAACGAAGAGUAUUGUCGUGGAAGGUUUGAAGAAGCUCUUGUGUUUUACGAGAGAGCCAUUUCAGUUGACCCCAAAACGCCGACGUAUUGGUCUAACAGAUCCGCCGCUCUGAUCAGUCUCGGUCGCCUUCUAGAAGCUUCCGAUGCUUGCGAGGAAGCGUUAAGACUAAACCCGACUUACGAGAGAGCUCAUCAGAGACUCGCUUCCCUCCAACUCAGAUUGGGUGAGGUUGAAAAAGCUUUGAGUCACUAUAACCAAGCUGGAAAAUACACAGAGACAAAACAUAUAGAACAAGUUGAAGAUGUUAUAAAAUGCUUAAGGAGGUGCGAUGAAGCUCGAAGAUCAAAGGAAUGGAACGUUGUGUUGAAGGAGACUAGCUUUGCGAUAUCAUAUGGAGCCGAUUCUUCUCCUCGGGUCUAUGCGCUCCAAAGCGAGGCCUUAUUGCAUCUACAACGACACGAGGAAGCCUACAACGUGUACCAGAAAGGAACAAAACACUUCGAUGUCGAUUGUUUCAUAAAGAUUUUUGGUCUAUCCAUCACUUCUUACCACUUAAUGGUCGGAGCUCAGGUCUACAUUGCAGCAGGAAGAUUUGAAGAUGCAGUAGCUGCGUCAAGGCAAGCGGCUAGACUGGAUCCGAGCAACGAAGAAGUAAACGUGCUGGAUAGAAAGGCAAGAGCGGUUGCUGCAGCGAGACUCAGCGGAAAUUUGCUCUUCAAUGCUUCGAAAUUCGAAGUGGCUUGCGUGGUUUACACGGAAGGACUUGAGAAAGAUCCUUAUAAUGCCCUCUUGCUUUGUAACAGAGCUGCCUCUAGAUUCAAGCUUGGUUUGUUCGAGAAAGCCAUCGAAGAUUGCACAUUGGCUCUCAGUCUCCAGCCUUCGUACCGGAAAGCGAGGCGGCGCAGGGCGGAUUCUAAUGCCAAGUUGGAGAAAUGGCAACAAGCGAUUCAAGAUUAUGAAUUGUUGAUUACGGAGACACCUGGAGACGAGGAGACUAGAAGAGCCUUGGCUGUGGCAAAUGUCCGGUUUAGGAAACUGACCGGUCGAGAUGUCCGGUUUAAAGGAAUCGACUCGGAUUUAGUUGUGGUAAAUUGAAAUGGGAGGAGAUUUGAGUUUAAGUAAGCCGAAUUGUAUAGUUUUGAGAUGUUUUGAAGAUUCGAUUGUGUCUGCUUGUUUGUUUUGCCUUGUUUUACUAAAUUAGGUCUCAAAUUUUAUUUGAGCGGGCCUUUUUUUGUGUGUU